UUGAAACGUCUUCCGCGGACGACAGAGCCGAGAACAAACGCGAUCUAAUCAAUUCGCUUAGCCUAAAAGAUCUAAGAGGAUUCACGAUGCCAAGACCGAGUGUGAUUCUCAUUGUUUUCCUGGUUUGCUUCCGAUUUGUGACACCCAGCAGCACGGACGAUACGCUAGAAGCUUUGCCAACGACAGCUGAAACAGUCAAAAGGAAAUACAACAAUUACAAAAAGCCGGAAUCCAAACCCAAACCUUCUUGGAGUCAUAAAGAUCCUGAUGCUUGGCCUGUUAAAUAUCCAACCUGCGGAGGUAAACAGCAGUCUCCAAUUAACAUCCAUCCCAACUCGACUGUCCGGACCACAUACCCGAAUUUCAAGUUCCACAACUACGGGGACAUCGAUCGGAUGGCGUUGAUUAAUAACGGACAUAGCGCGGCCUACAAUUUGCCGGCUUACUAUCCCAAAAAGAAAACGCCGCACAUCACGGGCGGCGGAAUGGAUGGCAUUUACCAGUUUGCUCAAAUCCAUCUGCACUGGGGUAGUGACUCUACCAAAGGCAGCGAACAUCUCGUCAAUUCCAAAAGCUAUCCGGUAGAACUGCAUCUGGUUCACUGGAAUGUCAAGUACGGAUCCUUCGCGGAAGCUAGUAAAUACUCGUACGAUGGUCUGGCCGUCUUGACAGUUUUUGCCAAGGUGGUACCGGAAGACAACAAAUAUUUCCAUCCUCUGGUUGAACAACUCGGCGAGAUCAUCAAUAAUGGCGACGAAACGAUUGUCAAGAAACCCAUUUCACUUUAUGAAUUGCUGCCCAGAAGGAUUUCGUCGUUUUAUCGCUAUUUUGGCUCCGUGACUACUCCCGCCUGCCAGGAACUCGUCAUCUGGACCAUUUUCGAUAAUCCGAUCGAGAUUUCAGAAAAACAGUUGAACAAGUUCAGGAGUCUGAAAGACGAAGUCGGCGAUCGUAUGGUGAACAACUUCCGUCCGCCGCAGCCGGUGAACGACCGCACCGUAUUCUACAGAUCGUUCAGUGUACCCGACAUACCCUUAUCUCACCCGCCCUCAGUUAACUCUUAUUCCCCGUUUUCGGAAGCGUACAAGUGGAGUAAGGCGACGUUCAAAAAUUAUGCAACGCGAUUUCUGGGCAUUUUCGAUCAUCCUUAUCCCCAUCGCUACAAUUCCUGUCGAUCUCGGCCGUGUUGAUUCCGCCACACAAUUUCCCGCGUAAAACGUAAAGCCUCACUUCAAAAUGCCACAAAAAAUCGACAAUUUGGUACAAUUUUUCUAUUUUCUACUGCCGUAGUGAACGAGUUGAGCUUUUUGUGAUAUGAGAAUGCGGAUGAAUACGACUGGAGAAACAAAAUACAUGUCAAAAAAGGUUGGAUGUGUCCUCAUUCUAAACGAAAAAUGUUCGACAAAAGACUUGCCGAACGAUGUCUGUAUGGUACGACGGACCCCAUGAAUCUAGGGAAAUCCCCUCUCAAACUUGACACACUUAUUAUUACUGGCGACGUGCACGAUCCCACGUCAUAUUCCACCCCUCCCUCCAUCUCAUGUUAUUUCUAACAGCCGUCAAAUAUCAUUUCCGGAUGUCUGUGACCUGUAAAUCUUCAAAACAAGGCCGAAUUUUACAUUAUUAAUUCAAGAAUGUUUCCAGUUUGGGAGAUUAGAGAGCUCUUUAUAAUGGAUUUUACUUCGCUUGAUGACGUACUGUCA